UUGAUGAUGCAGCCACCGGAGUUAAAAUGUAUGGACCCAGAAAAUUAUCGAAAAUACUUUCGGGCACUUUGUUGGAGUUACACCAGGAAAUGGGAGCGGAAGUCUCAAAAGAAGCUCACGAAAAAGGAGAAGCUUCGGCGCUUCAAAGCAUUAAACUCUUCACCAGUAUGCUUUGCUCCAUCUAUACUCAGCAACCCUUCACAAUUUGCUGUGUAUGCGAGCGUCCGUAGAUCUAUCCUCAUGAGAUGGAUGCACCUUCCGGGAGUCAUGUCAGAACAAUCGGAUGACAGUGAUGACGACGAGGCUUCAGCACUUGUGCCCUUGACCAAGUUGCCUAAGGUGACUGGUAUUGGUUUGCGCACGGUAUUCGCGCUGAUCUCGCAGGCGCGGUUCACCGACGCAGAGUUCAGUGAGAAUGCUCUCAAGGCUCUGCUCGAUGUGCUGCAAGGGCACACGCCGGAGGAACUGGCGCAGGAGCCCACCGAGAUAAUAACCAACCUACACGCCAUGCUGAUCGAGGUAGCGAGCGGCAGCGGGCCGGGCGGGCGCUCGGAAGCCCCCACAGUGCUGACCUCUAUGAGCAGUUCGUGUCUCAUCGCGCUGUCGGUCGCCCGAGGGGAGGCCGAGCUCAUCCUCAACGCGGUCGCCACGCUGACCAUGUCGCCGCCCGCGCUGUCUGAGCAGACCUUGCAGAUCCCCGCGAACCUGACCAUCCUGCAGCGCAGCGUGCAGUCCGUAAUCCUCGGCUCUCCGUCCCGCAACCAGUGGCUGAACUACGGCGUCCCGCACCAGUCCCUAGUCACCAGCUUCCCCGUCGACCUGCCGUCCCAGCUCACCGCCGGACCCGGCGAACUCGUCGUCCGCUCGCUAGCGUCUGACGGCUGCUACCUCUACGUAUACACGUCCAAAGGCCUCUUGAAAAUCGGAUCAGGAUACGGCAGCUCGAUUAAGCAACACGUUUAUUUGCACAAACCUGACUUCUUUGCUAGUGAUCGACAUGGCUGGCUAGGGUAUUGUAAAAAUAAGUUGUAUGUUAGGAUUGGAAGAAAGAAGACUGAAGUAUAUGAAAUUGAUAGAGAGACCUUAGAAGUGAAGAAUAUGAUAAGGCUAGAACCCGGACAUCCGGUGCCCAUCGAACCAAAAUCGGCAGUCUUUACGGAUGGCAACCAACUCGGACUGAUUAUGCUGACCAAUUUUGACAACCUAACCAUAAAAAUGUAUGAAGUGGACACCAAAGAACGCGUGGAAGGCACCAAUACCACGACACUGACGUCACACAAGCACUUCAACGUUCACCUAUUGAGGCGACGAACGCUCGCGCUGGGGCGAGCGCCCUUUGAAGACAACUUGUCUCGGCGGGCCUCAGAGCUAGACGCUCCUGUGGCUAUGCAGCUGGAAGACAAUGAAGAUGACCCAUUGUCCAGUAUUUGUGCUGGACAGGACUUCGGCCUUUUGACCACCGCUUCGGGGAAGGUAUACUACACAGGCAAAGGAGCCAGCCUUGGAUAUAAAGCUGCACCCCCUAAUUCAGGCCGCUGGACUCUCAUGAAGGAAGCCAUGUUCAUGAAGAAUGAAGCUCCUAACGUGAAGAAGAGCAAAGUCAUGCAGGUGACAGUGGGUCACGAGGGCAUGCAUGCCAUCAUGGUAAUGGACAACGGCACGGCGAUGUUCACGGGCGUGGCCCGCCGGGGCGAAGACGGCGACACCAACAAGCACCGCCGGACGCCGAAACCGACGCGACCUAAGAAGAUAUUCAAGGCUGAAGGUCACCACGUGAUAUACGCGGCCUGCAACUACGGCUCGACAGCUUUAGUGACGAGGCAAGGCCUCCUUCUCAUGUACGGCAAAGACACGCAGCAUUGCGACUCCAACGGAAUCGUGCAAGGAUUACGCCACGAGAGAGUUAUUCAGGUGGCGCUGGGCAAAGCACAUGCUGUUGUGCUGACUAACUUCGGUCAAGUCUACACGUUUGGCAUCAACAACAAAGGCCAAUGUGGGAGGGAGUUUGGCUACACCAAAGAAAAGAUGUACCCGCGAGAACGGCACAGCGAGAGCGCGCGCGAGGACGUGCAGCUAUGCACGAGCACCCACGCGUGGGCGAUGGACUACUGCCGCGUGUGCGCCGUGUGCCGCGAGUGCACCGGCUUCGGCAGCGCCUGCCACUGCGCCGAGCUGCCCAACCGCGUGCCGGGCGAGAGAUGCGGGUGCGGCGAAGGCGACAGCGGCUGCGGCAUCUGCGGCGCGUGCCGACGCUGCGCCGAGACGUUCGCGACGGCCGGCCGUUCCGAUCGAAAUGACGUUUGCUUCUUAUAAAUAGAGAAAGAAGGCGUCCGCUUCACCCAGUACGAGGGCUCGCCGCUCCACGCGGCUGGGUCCGAGGCCGACAGAGACGCGAGCAUGAAAGUGAGCUCGCUGCCGCCGGCCAGGGUGGCCAUCCCGGGCGGCCACCGGGUGGUGGCGGUGGCUUGCGGGCUGCACCACACCGUACUUCUGACGGAACACGGCGAAGUCCUGACCUUCGGCUCGAACCAGUACGGGCAGCUGGGUGCAGGUGACGUGGCGGCGCAUCACCGGCUGGUGCGCGUGCGCGUACCUCGCGCCGGCUCAGUGGCCGCCGGGUCCUACCACACGGCUGUGCUCACGCGAGACGGGGAGCUCUACACCUUCGGCAGCUACCAGAAAGGCUCGCUCGGCCGCCCGCGGCUGGAGGAGCCCGCCCGCAACGACCGCAGCCCCAUCUGGUACGCGACGCCGGGCCGGGUGCCGCGCCUGGGCCCGCGCCACGCGUGCAAGGCCGUCUGGGUGUGCUGCUCCGGCGACCAGACCUUCGUGCAGGUCUCGCAGGCGCUCAUCAAGACCGACACGCUGUUCAGCGCCACUAUCACUGCUAAUAACAACGCUAUUGUGAUCCUCCCGAACCGUCCGGAGCACACGUUCAAGUGCAUCACCAUCAACAAGGCUGACGGCGCGUGCAAUGCGUGGACCGGCCCCGAACAAGUAGACUUUGUGAACACGUUGGCGUCUCUGGACCCGUUGUAUGACGCUCUCUGGUGCUACCAGCCGCAGAUGCGCGUCAUGAAGUGCUACAACAUCCUCGCCUUCGACUCCCAUAAACUGCACCGAUGCUGCAACAACGAUGAUUCCUACCCCUCCGACACGGAGCAUGAAUACCCCAAAUUCGGACCCAUGAGGCGACUGGACGAAUUCAAGAACCUCCAAGUUGUAGAGACGUCUGUUCUGUACGAGAACAAACCGCCGGAAAAUGUUGCGCUGUCUAAUAUGUCAGUGCUAAAUCAGGAGUUGGCGAUCCCGUCCGCACCAGGAUGCUCGGUGACGAGGAUGCAUGCUGCCCUGCAUUUGCUGGGAUGUCUGGACUCAUUGACAUACGCACAUGAUUCUAAGCUGAACCAAGUGGAUUGCAAGCGAGACAGCGCAUCGUCCCCGACGGUGCCGGUGAAGGAAGAUUUCCUCACGGUGAACAGAUUCGAGAACCAUGGAGGCGGCUGGGGCUACUCCGGCCACUCGGUCGAAGCUAUACGUUUCAUGUGCGACACUGAUAUACUGCUUGGCGGCAUCGCACUCUUCGGCGGGCGCGGCGACUACACGGCCAAGGUGAAGCUGUUCGACAUCGGCGCCGAGGGCGGCGACCAGGAGGGCGACGGCGAGGUGCUUGCCGAGAGCGACGAGGUCGUGUUCGAGUGCGCGCCGCGGGACCGCUACCCGAUACACUUCGAGGCGCCCGUGCCCGUCGUGGCGAAUAGAUGGUACGUCGCCUGGGCCUGCAUCAACGGCCCGUCGUCCGAUUGUGGCUCGUCCGGUCAGGCCAUGGUCAUCAACGACGAGGUGGGCUUCCACUUCAAGACCUCCAAGAAGUCCAACAACGGCACCGACGUCAACGCCGGCCAGAUCCCUUGCCUGCUCUACAACCUCAUGAAUGCGGACCACACAGUAACAGUCAAACACGUCGAGCAGGGCGACCCCAUCAUAGUCCUCUCAAAGAACAUCUCUCGAAAAGUCACAGUGUCCUGCUUCCGCUCGCUCAUACACCUGCUGCAGUGGAGCUGGACCACGUUCAAAAACGGGAUCAUGGACACGAAUGGCCAGGUCCCUAUCAACUAUCAAAAGCUUACGCUGAUGAAACAUCAGAAGCGAUUGGUGUACGUCAUCCGGGCAUGCUUACGAUUGAUAAAGUCUUAUAUAAAUGAGAUUUACCCGCAAAAUAAUCGGAGGAGGAACACUCACGAGUACAUGUCGUACUUCGAGGCUAUCGGGGAGGCGCGGAAUUUGAUUCAGAAGAUAAUGUCUGAGAAGACGCCGACGUGCAACAUGCUGCCCCGGCGCGGCAAGAACAAGACGCACCGCGUGUGCUUCGUGCAGUUCGCGCUGGAGCUGACCAACUCCAUCCUGAAGGAGGCGCAUGAGACCAUCACCACGUGCUUCCACGCUUUCUUCCCGACGCCCACGCUCAAGUGGAACCAUCUCUGCUCGUUGCUGUUCCAUGUGAAGGACGGCAUCGUGCCCGGCUCGCAGAUCCGUGAGCUGACAUCGACGUGCGCGGCGCUGUGCGCGUCCCGCAGCCUGCGCGACGUGCUGCAGUACAUCGUGCCCGUCACGCAGUGCUCGCUCGGCGAGUACCGCCGCCCCGACAGCAAGGUUCUAAAAGACGUGCCCUCAAAAUCGGCGACGGUACCGCGCUCGACACAGAAGCCGCCGCCGAUCCCUCCGCGCGCGAAUAACAAGGACGCACCGAAGGCCGCAGAUCCUACAGAUAGUAAAGCGAGCCACACCGAGUGGAACCUUCUUGACUUGAUUCCGAGACUGCUGGACAUCGUGACGAUCCCGAUCAAGAAGCAGAUGAUGACGCGGCAGUGCGGGCAGCCGCACGAUCACGGCGAGCUCAAGCAGGGCGAACAGCUCUCGGAGUACUGCUGCAAGCUCGUCGGCAGGCUCGUCGCUGAGCUGUCCUUCAGUGCUACCAGCGUACGGGGUGACCUUCAAACGAACAUCGUGAAGCACGUGGUGACCCCGCCUCGAUUCAUGCGCGUGAACCAGUCCCGCGCGUGGCACACCGGCAACGGCAGCCCCGACGCGAUCUGCUUCACCGUGGACCGCAACGGGGUCAUGCUGGUCGGCAUCUGUGCCUACGGGGGCUUCGGCCGCUACGAGUACACGUUAGAGCUGCUGCAAGACCUGCGGUUGCGCGCGACGGCUGAUGAUGCAGACCCUGGCCAUUGCUGGGUGAGCGUGGAAGUGACUCAGGGCACGUUUUCCACGGCCGACUGCCAGCACGACAUGGUCCAGCUUAAAUUCGACCGCCCUAUAGCACUGAAGGAAGACCUCCGCUAUGCGAUCCGUCUAUGCAACCACGGUGGGCGAACCGCCAACGGCGAUUGCGGACUGCCGUCAGUGAAGGGCCCCGACGGGACCACCUUCCGCUUCGCCUCGUGCUCGCUCAGCAUCAACGGCACCUCCAUGGCACGAGGGCAGAUACCCUGCCUCAUCUACUAUGGGAAUGGCCCUGAAACCAGCCUCUUGUCCAGGACAACAAAACUGAACAACGUGUCCGAAAGCGCCGACACUUUGAUCUCGGAGUUGCGCGCGAUCACGCUGCGGGUGGCCACGCUGGUGGUGGAGCGCGGCGCGGCGCUGUUCUGCACGCUGCGCAACGAGCUCACGGCCGAGGACCUGCGCCGCAACGCCGCCGUGCUCCAGCACUCGCCCGUCAUCAACACGCUGCUGCCUUACACCGUCGCGCAUCUUGACGUGCUGGACGACUCCAAGAGCAUGAUAACGCUCCUGGAGAUGGUCCACACGCUGCUCCCACACGUGGCCGCCAUGAAUCUGUUGGUGCCAGCAGCUGAGGAGGCCACGCCCACCACCACCGGCCAGUACUACACCUGGGUGGAGAGCGACCACCCGUACAAGCAGGCCACCGUGUCCAACUCCAGGGUGCUAUUCCCUCCAAACGUGUCCUGGAUAGUCCUGGAACUGGACCGUCGCAGCAUCACGGCUCAGCCCGAGGACACUCUCACGGUGUUCGGGUCGGUGGGCCCGCCGCGCCGGCGCUGCCGAUGCGCGAGCGACGUUCGCAUCCCAGACCCGCCCUUCCGCAAGCGGCUGAUCCAACUCACGUCUGAGUCGGGCGAGCCCGAGGAGCUGUGUGACGACAGCGAGCCCGACACGCCGUGCCUGCACUACAACUGCACCUACUUCAGCGUCACACCCAAGCUCUCCAACAAUGCUGCCGAAUGGCCCCCACAAGCCUUAGUGGUUCCUGGAAACGAAGUAAUAUUCUCUCUCGAAACAGCCUCGGACUACCUGAACGAAUAUAAUAAGUCUAACAAUGAGGACAACCGCUACGGCUACCGCUGCCUAUGCGUGGGUUAUGAGGACGCGCCGUUCGUCGGCCAGCGCCAAGGGCUGGUAGCGCUGGAAAUGGAAUUAGUUUAUGCUGGCGCCGGCUGCGCGUCUCGCCUGCUGGCACCCGACUUAGAGCUACCCGCUCUUAAUUUCUGUGAGUAUUAUUCGUUGUAG